CUCUCUCCCACUCAAAUGACUCACUUGAUUUAGGCCCAUCUGGAAAAUGAAUUAGACUUUCACAGUAGCCCAUUCUAUUACUUUUUCCAAACCCUUGACACGAGAAAAACGGAAAACCAAACACCCCAGUGAACAAUGAACUCGGUGGCGAAGCGAGCAGUAAUUCUCUUGACCCGCCCAAGUGCGGCUCUAGGCUCGGUGAAUUGGGAGCUGCAGCAGUGGCGUGCAAUCCGAGUGAAAGUGAGGAACAACAACCUGGAGCAAGCCCUGACCCUUCUGCAGAGAAAGAUGCAGUCGAGCGGGAUCGAACGUCUGAUAAAGAAUGAGCAGACCCACCACAUCAAGAACUCGGAGAAGCGUGUGCUGGCCAAGAAGAAUUUGGAGCGCAAGAUUCGAGGUCAGGACCUCGCGCGGAAGCUUAAAGCCAUCCUCGUCAAAAAAGUCAGGGGUCUAUAAAACGAAUCAAGAAGGAAUUGUUCUCUUCCCAAGAGGUUAGCAAAGAGGCUAUUAUUUGCUGCUGGUGCUUAUUCAGUCUGCUGACGUUUUUGUAGGAGAGUAAUCUGUAACGAAUAGAACCAAAUAUGAGGUGUGGUUCUUAAAAUGUUCAAUUUUUAUCUCGAUAAAAAUUUUCUAGUGCAUACCUGAUAAGAAAUAAUCGACAUGAAUAUAAACUACAUAACAAAAUUUUUGUUUAUUUUCUUACUU